CUUCUCGUCCGCCGGUUACAAGUGGAAAGUGCUCUUAGGGCUCAGCAGCCCGUGCGAACGGUGUCCACCCAUCCCCCGCCGAUCGAGCUGGAACUGUCUUGGAAGGAGAAGUCACGGCUCAUCAAGGAGGUUCCGAAGGAAUUCCUGUGCCCCAUGUCCAUGGAGAUCAUGACAGAGCCAGUCGUUGCACCAUCGGGGGUUACAUAUGACAG